GUAGGGCACGAAACCACGCUGAUGUCACCGCCAGAGCUUUAUAAGAGAACUCUUGGAAGCAACUUCGUAGUUAGGCGGCAGCUGUUUCAGGGGCGGGAGUGGUUGUUCUUACAAGCAGCCUGUCUUCGCGGGACAAAAUGCAAACGUUCCAUAGCUGCCAGGCUGUCAGACCUUUUAAACAAAGAAAGACUUUUGCAACAAGGGUGGAAGAAGUUGCAGGCAUUCGGGGGAAGUUCCCAACAAAAGUCCCAGUAAUUGUUGAAAGAUACCAGAAAGAAAAGUACCUUCCACUACUAGACAAAACAAAGUUUCUUGUACCUCAGGAGUUGACCAUGACACAGUUUAUAACCAUCAUUAGAAGCAGAAUGGCGCUGAGUGCCACACAAGCUUUUUAUCUGCUCGUAAACAACAAGAGUUUAGCCAGUAUGUCUCUAACUCUGGCAGAAGUAUAUCGGGAUUACAAAGAUGAAGAUGGCUUUGUGUAUAUGACUUAUGCUUCCCAGGAGAUGUUUGGGUGCUACUUGACCACUAGGAAAACAAAAUGUAAGGAAAAUCUCCUAAAAACAUAAAUGUUCUUUUGGUAGCAGUGGAACUGUAAAUCACAUGAGUCACUUGAAGAUGAAAGAUGCUCUAUCUAAUGUGGAUUCUGCUGAAGGAUUAAUGGCCAAGACAUUGGCAGGACCAGCUCAAGAACUAAGAGGUGGAAUAAACAAUCCUAAACAAAUUGCAUGGACAUGUAUUUGAAUGGCCACUUGUCUGCCAAAAGAAGGUGGUAGAGGUCUGCAUCAGUGUUAAUUUAAAUUGUGUUUAUAUAACUGCAACUUUAUGUUUUAACUGCUUUCAAAAGUGUUACUAACGCUGAAGAACAGUGAAGUGCAAAAGUUUUUAAAACCAGGUGAAUUGUCUGCUUUGCAGCUAUGUGCACUGGGGACUUAAAACACUUUCAUAAUUACUGUAGCACUCCUAGUUUCUAAACCACAUUGUUAAGCACUGCAAAACAUAGAGCUUUAGUUUUGCUCUUCUAUGAAUAUGCUAUUUUCUCCCAUCAAAGCCAUUUGCUAUCUUCCUUAAGAAGAGGACCCCUAAGAGUGAGCUUCAAUAAUAACCUCCCCACCCCCAAACACACACACAGAUGGGGAACUUGGUUUGCCAUCACCAGGGUGAGGUCCAUAUGGAACUGGGUUCUAUGAAAGGUGCUGAUCGGCAUAUGAUGGCUCCUCCCAUAUGGUAAAAAUAUGGAUCGGCAUAAAGGGGUGGGGAUCAGGUAGGGAAUUCAGGAGCACAGUUCCCUAAAUGGGUAUAGAAUCAAAUACAAAUAUUUCAGUGGCACUGUGCAGUUGAGGUUAACUGACCUUAAUGCUGAAGUAGCAGUUCUUGAAACUCCAGUAGCUUUUUAUCAUGGGGCUGCAUUUUUGCCUUUUGAACUCUGCUCUGAGCUUCAGUAGGCACUGAACGAUUUGGGAUGAAGAUAAGAUUACUGUAUAAAAAUGAACCCUGUCAAAAGUGUUUCUCCCUAUUGUAGCUCACGAAGUGCAAGAGGAUUUAGAAGUUAGUUACUUAGGUUAAGCCCUGCUAAUAAAAUUAACCUUGGGAGACUCUUGUGACGCCAUACUUAAGGUGACUAUAGGCUGUACCUCAGUGGAAUUUGGCUGAUGUAGAAGUAGAUAGACUGCAGCUAAAACUUCACAUCUCUAGCACAACACAAACCAAAUGACUUGGUGUGUAUAGGCAGGCUUUGGGAAGAUUACACAUUCAAUAGUAUUCAAUAUAAUAUGAAGACAAAACUUAUCUUGGUACAACAGGCAGUUUGGCUGAAUGGACAGCUAAAUCUUAAAAACAGUAUAAGGCAACACUCCUGUAUAAACAAAACUAAGUAAUAGUGAAGUACUAUAGCUCAUCAAAUGUUGCUGAGGAAAAAGAACCUAUAUAUUAAGUUUUUUGCAAAGUGAAUAUGGAUUGUGGUUUGAAGAGAACAGGAAUUGCCACCAGCCAAUUUUAUGUAGAAGUUGUACUUUUUAAAAGUCAUGUUCCUUUGGCAUCUACAUAGAUUUGGACCCCUGGUAUUUUAAGAAACCUAUGAACAAGCAUGAUUUCCUGUUUAAAAAUACAACUUGGCAGAUAUCAUUAAGAGUACAUUAGAAUUCUGUCUGCAACUGAAGCCGCCCCGAGCAGUAGUGUACUGGAGGGGCGGGGUAUAAAUAUUUUAAAUAAUAAAAUAACUGUCAUGUGUGAUUACAUAAUAAAUAUUUGUGUUGGCGUUGAAAA